CUUGUUUUUCCCGUUUCGGUGUUGUUAUUUUGAAUCGCCAGCAGGUGGUGGUAUCUCAGCUGCUCGCCCCAGAGGGGUUGGAACUGGACAGGAGUUUGGCAGAGGUGGAAAUGGGAGCUUGCCUCAGGGCACACGGGAGGAGACCCACGGCCGAUCUGUCAUUGUUAGAGCAAGCCUUUAGCCUUGGCCUUAAUUUUGGAUUAUUUUUGACACAUUUGGAAUCAGAGAAUAAUAAGUUAUGUUCCCUAUAUUCCUUCCGAAAUACCUCUACCUCACCACAUAAGCCUGACGAAGGGAGUCGGGACCGCGAGAUCAUGACCAGUGUUACUUUUGGAACCCCAGAACGCCGAAAAGGGAGCCUUGCCGAUGUGGUGGACACACUGAAACAGAAGAAGCUUGAGGAAAUGACUCGGACUGAACAAGAGGAUUCCUCUUGCAUGGAAAAACUACUUUCAAAAGAUUGGAAGGAAAAAAUGGAAAGACUAAACACCAGUGAACUUCUUGGAGAAAUUAAAGGUACACCUGAGAGCCUGGCAGAAAAAGAACGGCAGCUCUCCACCAUGAUUACCCAGCUGAUCAGUUUACGGGAGCAGCUUCUGGCAGCACAUGAUGAACAAAAAAAACUGGCAGCCUCACAAAUUGAGAAACAACGGCAGCAAAUGGACCUUGCUCGCCAACAGCAAGAACAGAUUGCAAGACAACAACAGCAACUUCUGCAACAGCAGCACAAAAUUAAUCUCCUGCAGCAACAGAUCCAGGUUCAGGGUCACAUGCCUCCGCUCAUGAUCCCAAUUUUUCCACAUGACCAGCGGACCCUGGCAGCAGCUGCGGCUGCCCAACAGGGAUUCCUCUUCCCCCCUGGAAUAACAUACAAGCCAGGUGAUAACUAUCCCGUACAGUUCAUUCCAUCAACAAUGGCAGCUGCUGCUGCUUCUGGACUCAGCCCUUUACAGCUCCAGAAGGGUCAUGUCUCCCACCCACAAAUUAACCCAAGGCUAAAGGGCCUAAGUGACCGUUUUGGCAGGAAUUUGGACACCUUUGAACAUGGUGGUGGCCACUCUUACAACCACAAACAGAUUGAGCAGCUCUAUGCCGCUCAGCUGGCCAGCAUGCAGGUGUCACCUGGAGCAAAGAUGCCAUCAACUCCACAACCACCAAACACAGCAGGGACGGUCUCACCUACUGGGAUAAAAAAUGAAAAGAGAGGGACCAGCCCUGUAACUCAAGUUAAGGAUGAAGCUGCAGCACAGCCUCUGAAUCUCUCAUCCCGACCCAAGACAGUAGAGCCUGUAAAGUCCCCAACGUCCCCCACCCAUAGCCUCUUCCCGGCCAGCAAAACCAGCCCCGUCAAUCUGCCAAACAAAAGCAGCAUCCCUAGCCCCAUUGGAGGAAGCCUGGGAAGAGGAUCCUCUUUAGAUAUCCUCUCCAGUCUCAACUCCCCUGCCCUGUUUGGGGAUCAGGAUACAGUGAUGAAAGCCAUCCAGGAGGCUCGGAAGAUGCGAGAACAGAUCCAGCGGGAGCAACAGCAGCAACAGCCACAUGGUGUUGAUGGGAAACUGUCCUCCAUAAAUAAUAUGGGGCUGAACAACUGCAGGAAUGAAAAGGAAAGAACGCGCUUUGAGAAUUUGGGGCCCCAGUUAACAGGAAAGUCAAGUGAAGAUGGAAAGCUGGGCCCCGGUGUCAUCGAUCUCACUCGGCCGGAAGAUGCAGAGG